AUGUCUCCGCCAAAGCAAAAUCGACAAGAGCUAGUCAAACAGCUUGAAGAGCUGCUCCAACAAUGCGUUGACUCCGGUGGCCCCGGAGCGUCAGCCGCCAUUGCUUCAUCUGGCGAGAUUGUAUGGGAAUCUGCAAAGGGUCAGUCUGAUAUCGUGGGAAGUCACCCUCUUGAUGUUCGUCACCACUUCGGCAUUGGUAGCAUCACAAAAGUCUUUGUGGCGGUAGUCAUUCUUCAGUUGGUAGAGGAGUCGAAGCUCGCAUUAUCCAGUACGGUCCAACAGAUCUUGGAUCCUGAAGUGUUUUCAGGAAUUGAAAAUGCUGGGCCAGCGAGUAUAGAAAGGCUCUUGAGUCACCAUGCAGGUAUAGAUAGUUGGGAGGACGAGCCUAGUUGGAUCGUCAGAGGCAGAGGCAGGGAUAUACGCAACGAUCACAUCUGGGGCAAAACUGAGACGUUGGAUUACAUCCGUCGGCCCAGAGUCACAGCACCCGAGCCUGGUCAGGGUUACUAUUCUAACACCAAUUACACUUUGUUGGGCUUGAUAAUUGAAAAAGUUACGGGCCAACCUGCGGAAAAGGAGAUUCGACGCCGAAUCCUUGAACCCCUCGAUAUGGACCAGACUUACUUUGAAGGAUUUGAGGAAGCAAAGCAUCCAAAGCACUUACCAUAUCGAUACCACUGGGCAACGGAUCAGUUUCGUGAAACUGCUGGUGUAGCACCGUCAUUUCCGUAUCCUGCAUCCCCGGCCCAGUCCCAGGCUGUAGCUCAUGAGCCUGCGUCUGUGUCUGCACCUGACCCACCGGCGGCCUACUCGACCACCACCAAUAUCCAAACACCGGCCCCGGAUCCUCGCCUCGUCGGCGCGCACGCCGCCGCGACAAAAAGCCGUGUCCAACACAACCCAGACUUAGAUACUCCGUGCCCGCCCCUGCUUGUUGGUUCAGAUGGCUGGUAUGGAAUUGCGGUUGCGGUGACGGUGACGGUUGCUAUUGCUGUUGCUGUUUCUGUGGGGGAAGUUGUUGUCGCCAUUCUGCCCCCUGUUCUUUUGUUUUUCGUUUGCGAGAUGGUGGAGGCGUGGGUGUCGGAGUGA